AUGGAUGAAGAAGCAGUGGUGAAAUUUGUGGAGACAUAUUUGAAGAAGAAAGGAUUCAAGCAAGCAGAGCUCGCUUUCCAUGAAGAAAUCCAACAACAGCAGAAGCAGCAACAAAGUAACAGCAGUAAUGCUAUCAAUAUCCAGUCGGAUCCUGAUCUCUCUUCUCUCCUUCACUCCCUCUCUCAACCAGAGGAUAGUCCAGCACGUUACCAAGAUGAGUAUGGUAGACUAAGGACGUGGGCUUAUAGUUCGCUUGAUUUGUACAGGCAUGAGUUGCUUCGAGUUCUUUAUCCAGUGUUUGUCCAUUGCUAUAUGGAUAUUGUUGCUAAAGGGCAUAUCGCAGAGGCAAGAAAUUUUUUUAAUAGCUUCUGUGAAGAUCAUGAGAUGAUGCAUUCGCGAGACCUUCAAAAGUUGGAAGGAGUUCUUUCUCCCUCGCAUCUGGAGGAGAUGGAAUUUGCUCAUACUCUUAGGCAGAGCAAAGUCAACAUCAAGAUAUGUCAGUACUCCAAUGAGCUCCUGAUGCAGUAUCUUCGGAAGUCAAAAUCCACUAUAAUACUUGGGAUUAUCAAUGAGCAUAUUAACUUCCAAGUUUCUCCUGGACAGCCCAUCUCAAUUUCAGAUGAUCCUGAUGCUGUUACGUUGAUUGUAAGCAGCCAGGAUGCAGCUAAUCAGAUAAAUAAAAAGAAAUACAUUGGGGGUUCUAUUGCUUUUUUGCUUGAAGAUUCUUUAGAAGAACGCUUGGAGAAAACAGGGGGUUUCCUCUCGGAUUCUGAAAAGACAGAAGGAGAAACCAAAGAUGGGGACAUGGAAGAGAACAAGAAAAGAUCAAUUGAUGGUGGAAAGCAAGGUGCUUCAAUCAAAAAGUCAAAAAAGGAUAAAGCUGCUAGUGCAACAGCUAAAGUUGUUCGUACUGAGGCCAAUACAGUACCUGCAGCACCCCGAGUCAAACCUGAGCUUCCUUUGCCAGUAAUGCCAACUGAGGUGGAACAGUCUAUUCUCGAGGACUUGAGAAACCGUGUACAGUUGAGUAGUGCGACACUGCCAUCUGUUAGCUUUUAUACCUUUAUCAACACGCAUAACGGUUUAAACUGUUCUUCAAUAUCUCAUGAUGGAUCCUUGGUUGCUGGUGGAUUCUCAGACUCCUCACUGAAGGUUUGGGACAUGGCAAAGCUGGGACAGCAAGCUGGUAAUUCUAUUUUGCAGGGUGAAAAUGAUACUGCUCCAAGCGAACAUGUCCUGGGACCAAACAGUGGCAAGAGAUCUUAUACAUUGUUUCAGGGUCAUUCAGCUCCGGUUCAUUCAGCCACUUUUAGCCCUCUUGGGGAUUUUAUUUUGUCUUCUUCAGCAGAUACGACAGUUCGAUUAUGGAGUACAAAACUCAAUGCAAAUCUUGUUUGCUACAAGGGCCAUAAUUACCCUGUAUGGGAUGUUCAGUUCAGUCCUGUGGGACAUUAUUUUGCCAGUGCUUCACAUGAUCGCACGGCCAGGAUUUGGUCAAUGGAUAGGAUACAGCCUUUGAGGAUAAUGGCAGGUCACUUGUCUGAUGUCGAUUGUGUGCAAUGGCAUGCCAACUGCAACUACAUAGCCACUGGCUCCAGUGACAAAACAGUUCGGCUGUGGGAUGUACAAAGUGGGGAGUGUGUCCGCAUUUUUAUUGGUCAUAGGAGUAUGAUUUUGUCAUUGGCCAUGUCACCUGAUGGUCGAUAUAUGGCAUCCGGUGAUGAAGAUGGCACAAUCAUGAUGUGGGACCUCUCAAGUGGCCGCUGCAUAUCACCUUUGAUGGGACACAAUUCAUGCGUGUGGUCACUUGCCUUCAGUUGUGAAGGUUCUCUUCUCGCAUCUGGUUCAGCUGAUUGUACGGUAAAAUUAUGGGAUGUAACUACAAGCACAAAGGCUGCAAAGACAGAAGAAAACAAAAGCGGAAACACAAACAGGUUGAGAUUGUUAAAAACUUUGCCGACCAAGUCUACUCCAGUUUAUGCUUUGAGGUUUUCGCGUAGGAAUCUCCUUUUCGCUGCCGGAGCCCUCUCUAAACCGACCACCAUUAAAGCAUGA